GCAGGGCAACUCUGCCCGGAUCCCCUCCUAUGUCUUGCCAUGAUGUUGAUCGUGAAGAGAACGAAUGCAUUAGCCCCCUACAGAAUUCUGCGGUGAACAUUAGUUUACUUUCCGUCAUGAUCAGAUCCGGAAAGAGCAGAUUCCUGCGAGAUGUGAUGUGCCGUAAGGGUCAACUGUGCAGAGUCGAACGGAAGAUGCUUUCAUAUAAGAGAGCCUGUCGUACUCAAUGUGAUCAAGUAGGAUGGUAUUGCAGCAUCUCCCAGUUCAACCCUUACUCUCAACCCAUCGUCGAAGACUCUCCACGCAUUGCCGCACAGUAACCUACCAAAAUGGCACCAGUUCGCAAGUUGCAAGUUGGCAUUGCUGGCCUCGGUCGCAUGGGAGCUCGCCAUGCCCUCAACUUCCAGAACCGCACACCCCGAUGUAAUCUUGUCGCUGCUUUCACACCUGACCCAAAGGAGGCAGAAUGGGCAGCAACAGAACUACCUGGUUGUAAGAUUUACAACAACUACGACGAGAUGCUUAAGCACGAAGGCCUCGAAGCUGUUGUCGUUGCAUCGGUCACAACAGCCCAUGCCGAGCAAGCAAUCAAGGCCAUUGACGCAAAUAAGCAUGUACUUUGUGAGAAGCCUUUGAGUACCAGUAUCGAAAUCUCACAAUCAGUAGUGGACGCAGCAGCUAAGAAGCCACACCUCAAGGUCAUGUGCGGUUUCUCGCGGCGCUUCGAUCAGUCUUACAGACAGGCAUUCGAGCGCAUGGAUGCAGGUGCUAUUGGUCGACCAUCGGUUUUCCGCUCUCAGACUUGUGAUAAACUUGACCCUUCAGGCUUCUUCGUUGCAUACGCCGAGUUCAGCGGGGGUAUCUUUGUCGACUGCAACAUUCACGAUAUUGAUCUGGCUUUAUGGUACUUUGGCCAAGACUCCGUUGUCAAGAGCGUCGUCGCUAUGGGCAUCACGGCUGUGCAGCCUGAGCUGAGAAAGCACAAGGACGUUGACAAUGGUGUAGGUAUCGUGGAGUUUUGGGGCGGCAGGAUCGCAUACUUCUACAGUAGCAGGAUGAUGGCAGCCGGUCAACAUGAUAUGACCGAGAUCAUCGGAACUGAUGGAAAGCUGGCUAUCAACGCAAACCCCAUGGGCUCAUUAGUCGAGAUGCACGAGCCGCAAGGCGUGAGACGUGAAAUUCCUCAUGACUAUUACGGCCGCUUCGAGCACGCUUUUGUCACAGAGGCCAAUGAGUUUACUGCAGCAUGCUUGGAUAAUAACAAGCUGCCGUUUAAGCUUUCGGGAGCUGUUCAGGCAGUUAAGAUUGGCUGCGCUCUACAGGAGAGUCUGAACUCGGGCCAAAAGAUCAGCUUUGAUGAGACUGGCCGACGCAUUGAGGCUGCCAAGUUGUAGACAAUCCAUAGAGACUAAUAUGCAUAGCGAACAUUGUAAAUUGAACGAGAUAUUUUCUGUCCUUG